AUGUGUGCUGAUGGGGACAAAUCGAAUCCUUUUAAAAGACUGGCUUGUUUUAGAGCACUUUGCUGCAAAGGACCACCUCCACCACGGCCUGAAUAUGACUUGGUUUGCAUAGGCCUCACAGGUUCUGGCAAGACAAGUCUUCUGUCACAGCUUUGCGGUGAAAGCCCGGAGAAUAUAGUGUCUACCACAGGUUUUAGUAUAAAAGCCGUGCCAUUCCAGAAUGCCAUCUUGAAUGUAAAAGAACUUGGAGACCUUUCUCACAAGCAUAAAGAAUCAGCAUGCUCUGUAGUCCUCUUUGAACCUUCACUUAAGACAGAAUGUGUUGAGUGUGUAGCAGGAGUGAAGUGGUUAACGUCAGGGAUGUGCGAGUUUCUGGCUGCCCAGAAGAGAGAGACGGGAAUUGUCUUCCUCACUGCUGUUCCUUCUUAA